AACGUUUCUUUUUUCCACAUCUGACUAUUAAUCCAAUUCAAUUUCAAUUCCAUUACGUCUCUCUUUCUCUCAUCAUCUCUAUCAAAUUCGUGGUCUUAGUUUAGAUCUCUCUCUCUCUCUGCUUCGUAAUAUUGGAUCUAAAUUCAGUAAUUUUGACUAGUAUUAUUACAAUAUAGUUUGGAUUUUUAUUUUUAGAUCCGAAGGAAAUGGACAAUGGCGAUAUAGAGAAUGCGGAGGAAGAAUUCCCGGGCCGUAUUGGCGCUCGUAAGUACCGACCUGUCGUUGCCAAUGAUCGCGCUGUGCUCCAAAUGUCUUCAAUCGAUCCUGGAUCUUCUUCCUCCUCCGCCGAUCACCAAGCUUCUCGCCAAAAAAUCAAAGUAGGAAAACAGGCUAAUAUGGGUGCUGAUAGUAAUGGAGGAUCCUUGCCGGUACAUGAACAAGCCAAUGGUCCCUCGGGAGAAUCAAAAUUGGAAUUGUUCGGUUUUGAUUCUCUUGUUAACAUUCUUGGUCUCAAGAGUAUGACAGGGGAGCAGAUUCCAGCACCUUCUAGUCCUAGAGAUGGUGACGAUGUCUCCAUUACUCUUGGGUGGCCAAAGCCUGCUGAUCCAAAAUUUGGUACUCUGAUGGGUGUAUUUGUCCCGUGCUUGCAAAACAUAUUGGGAAUUAUCUACUACAUCCGAUUUUCAUGGAUUGUUGGUAUGGCUGGCAUAGGCGAGUCAUUGUUGCUGGUGUCUUUUUGUGGUUUGUGUACUUUUCUGACUGGAAUAUCACUGAGUGCUAUUGCAACUAAUGGUGCGAUGAAGGGUGGGGGACCGUACUAUCUCAUUGGUCGUGCCCUUGGUCCAGAGGUUGGAGUUAGCAUUGGACUAUGUUUUUUCCUUGGGAAUGCAAUUGCUGGAGCCCUGUAUGUGUUGGGAGCUGUAGAAACCUUUCUGAAAGCUGUGCCAGCUGCUGGGAUUUUUAGAGAGACUGUCACAAAUGUUAAUGUGACAACAUUUGAGCGGGUAGAAAGUCCUAGUCCACAUGACCUGCAAGUUUACGGGAUUGUUGUGACUAUUGUCCUAUGCUUUAUUGUGUUUGGUGGUGUGAAAAUGAUCAAUCGGGUUGCACCUGCUUUCCUUAUACCUGUUCUAUUCUCCCUAUUCUGCAUAUUCAUAGGGGUCUUUUUGACAAGGAAGGAUCAUCCUGCAGUUGGAAUAACGGGCUUGAGUUUGGACACUUUUAAAGACAACUGGAGUCCAGGUUAUCAGAAUACCAACGAAGCUGGAGUUCCUGAUCCCGAAGGAACUGUUUACUGGAAUUUUAAUGCAUUGGUCGGCCUCUUUUUCCCUGCUGUAACAGGAAUUAUGGCGGGUUCAAAUCGAUCAGCUUCACUGAAAGAUACUCAGCGUUCAAUUCCCAUUGGAACAUUGUCUGCGACUCUUACAACUACUGUAAUGUAUCUCGUUUCUGUGUUUUUGUUUGGAGCCCUUGCCACCAGAAAGAAGCUAUUGGCAGACAGGUUACUUACAGCUACAAUUGCUUGGCCUUUCCCGGUCAUUGUUUACGUUGGAAUCAUUCUUUCAACAUUAGGGGCUGCUCUUCAGAGCCUGACAGGUGCCCCACGCCUUCUUGCAGCAAUAGCCAAUGACGACAUCCUGCCUAUUCUUAACUACUUCAAGGUUGCAGAUGGGAAUGAGCCCUACAUUGCUACCCUCUUUACUGCAUUCAUCUGUAUUGGGUGUGUCGUAAUUGGGAACCUGGAUCUUAUCACACCGACUAUAACUAUGUUUUUCCUUCUGUGUUAUUGUGGUGUGAACUUAUCUUGCUUCCUUCUGGAUCUUCUAGAUGCUCCCAGCUGGCGUCCUCGGUGGAAAUUUCACCACUGGAGCCUCUCUCUUCUUGGAGCGUCACUUUGUAUAGUGAUUAUGUUCUUAAUCUCUUGGGCAUUCACUAUAGUGUCCCUAGCCCUUGCAAGCCUUAUAUAUUAUUAUGUGAGUCUUAAAGGAAAGGCUGGGGACUGGGGUGAUGGUUUCAAGAGUGCAUAUUUUCAACUAGCUCUCCGCAGUCUCCGGUCACUGGGAGCAAACCAAGUGCACCCAAAGAAUUGGUAUCCAAUCCCCCUGGUAUUUUGCAGGCCAUGGGGGAAACUGCCAGAAAAUGUACCUUGCCAUCCAAAACUUGCUGAUUUUGCGAACUGCAUGAAGAAAAAGGGCCGAGGAAUGUCUAUCUUUUUCUCCAUACUAGAUGGAGACUAUCAUGAAUGUGCUGAAGAUGCUAAGACUGCCUGCAAGCAGCUCGCUACCUACCUUGAUUACAAGCGUUGUGAAGGUGUGGCAGAGAUAGUUGUGGCGCCUAGUAUGUCUGAAGGCUUCCGUGGCAUUGUUCAAACCAUGGGCCUUGGUAAUCUAAAGCCAAACAUUGUUGUGAUGCGUUACCCUGAAAUAUGGCGUCGUGAAAACUUAACUGAAAUCCCUGCUACCUUUGUUGGAAUAAUAAAUGACUGUAUUGUUGCAAACAAGGCUGUUGUUAUUGUUAAGGGUCUUGAUGAGUGGCCCAAUGAGUAUCAGAGACAGUAUGGUUCCAUAGAUCUGUAUUGGAUUGUGAGAGAUGGUGGUCUCAUGCUGCUUCUCUCUCAGCUCCUUCUCACUAAAGAGAGCUUCGAGAGUUGUAAGAUUCAAGUCUUUUGCAUUGCAGAGGAAGAUACUGAUGCUGAGGCGCUCAAGGCUGAUGUGAAGAAGUUUCUUUACGAUCUUCGGAUGCAAGCUGAGGUGAUUGUUAUAACGAUGAAAUCGUGGGAUUCACAGGCAGAGGGUGGGUCUCAGCCAGAUGAUUCAAUGGAGGCAUUCACUGGUGCGCAACAGCGGGUUGCUACAUACUUAGCUGAGAUGAAGGCAGUGGCUGAGAAAAAUGGGACCCCACUAAUGGCUGAUGGAAAGCCAGUUGUUGUGAAUGAGCAGCAGGUGGAGAAGUUUCUUUACACUACUCUGAAGUUAAAUUCAACGAUACUAAGAUACUCAAGAAUGGCUGCAGUUGUGCUUGUGAGCCUACCGCCGCCUCCAGUGAACCACCCGGCAUAUUUCUACAUGGAGUACAUGGAUUUGUUGGUAGAGAAUGUUCAAAGGCUUUUGAUGGUUAGAGGAUACCGUAGAGAUGUGGUAACUCUGUUCACAUAGUUGUCAGUGGACUGCAAUUCUGGACCGUAAUUACUACAUUGUUCAUAUUAUUAUUAUUAUUUUUUGUUCCCCCCUCUCUAAUUUUUGUAGUUUAAAUGUUACAUUUAUUCUUUUUUUUUUUCUCUCUUGCAAAAAGCGGUAUUUUGUUAUUUCAUUCACUAAUGUAGAAAUUUUGGAAUGACUGGUUCUUUUGGGGGAACUUUAUAAUUUUAGUAAAAAGUUUAGAAUCAAAUUUCACAGAAUUGAGACAAUCUUUCUUUGAA